GAUUUACUCGACUAACCACAUAUUCAACGUGAAAGAUGACAGGCGCUAACUACAUGGGAGGGAGAAGGAAUGCUGCUCGAGCGCGUACCAAAGACAGUACAGGUCGGGUUCAGAAGCGACAUUUCGGUCAACAGAGGUUGGCAGCUGCAUUGUGCAACACGAAGGAAGGAAGGGGAAAGCCUGAAAAGAUGUCCCUGAAGUCUGUUUUACGUCAAAUCAAUUUUGCUCAUGCACAACGAGACGCGAAAAUCAAAGGCAACCACCCUGGGCCAUCCACUGCACAUAAUACAAAAACAUUAUGCGACACAUCGAUCACCCACAGAAACUCAUUUGGCACCCAAAAAUGCAGCGAACGAUUUUCCAAGAUACUUCGAAUGCUUGAUUUUUCUGAUCCGGUGGCCUAUCGUGAUGCAAUUGACCGCAUAUUAUUGAUCCCUCUUUCAGAAAUGAUUGGUCUGCCAAUGCAGGGAAAGUCACCCCACACCGACUCGGAAGAUGGAGGCCCCGGCAUUGAUCCCGAUGAACAUAUUCCCCUGCCUAUCGAUGCUGAUGGCGAGUCGAACGUUCAGUUUCAAGGAACGUCUAGUGACAUAUUCUCUCUCACUGGUCGGUCUUCAGGAAGCGCUGGCCAUUUGUUCCCAAUGAAGAACGACGACGACGCAGGAAUUUACGAUGAUCAUUCGAGUGGACGAAUGUCGCGGUCUUCUUCACCGAACCAUCGUACAAUCACUAAUCAUGAGAGUCCACUACGGAGUAUCGAGGCAGAUGGUCUUCACAGAAACUGGAUCAAUGACUCAGGUUAUGCCGACAUGGAUACUGCUGAGACAGGAAACCUUCGUGGAUCCAUACUUACUCACGAUCUUCACGACCUGCAACGAUUUGCCUCAUCUCCGUCAAACAGCUUUCGGUUCUCUUCCGCUUCUAAUUCUCAAAGAACAGAAGAGUACAUUCUCGACAUGGACACGUCACCACCCUCAUCGCAAGGCUUUUCACAAUUGCAUGGUGAAUGGAGUUCCGACCACAAACAUUUCUUACAACGAUCGCCAUCCUCCUCCACUUCCCCGAUUGGUUCCCUUACGCCCAUCGUUGCGCAUGAUUCUCCUGAGUCCUUCGGAUGGAAUAGCUCCAUCAAGUGCAGCAAUAUUACAUCACAGUCUCUUUGCCACACGAAUGAUGUUAAGCAAUUUUCGACUUCACCACCCUUCGAAACGCAAUACGUUCCUGCAACUCCUCAAAAGGCUCGGAAGAUAAUCCACACUGUCCAAACGUCGGAAGUGAUUGCAAAAUCCUUCGCCGAGAUAUCUAACACAAGACAUAGUCGACCUUUUCAGACCUCAUAUGCUGCCACUCAAACAGAACCUGUGGAAUCACACACUUUCAAUUUGUCGCACGGGUUUUCUUCUUUUGGCGACUCGGAUAUACAUGACCCUGGAUUGCCUUUGGACAUCCUGAAUGACCCGGACCCAUGGAGAACGAUUGGGAAGAUCUUAAAUCUUGGGGUCGUAGAGCAACACGACAAUGACGACAUCGCUUUUACUCGCGGUCGGGAGGGUGUCGGCUAUGUCAGGCGUCGUUUGGACGAAUCAGCACAUAUACGGAAUACACCACAUAAUUCGACAAUAAGCCCGCGAUCGGCCGAGUCAAAAAGCGAAGAUCAACCCAAGACAAUGAUGAACGAUGAGGAAGAACACUUGCGGGAAACCUCCGAUCAUUGUCACCAUCAUCUUCAACAUCCAGAAGAUUCACAGUGGAAAGAAAGACCUCCGCCUGAUCACCCCAACCUUGCCAAUGUCACGAAAUUCACAAACGAGCCCCUUUGUGCCUUUACAGUAGCAGAGUCGGAGAUGCAAACAGAGUCACCUUGCGUCCCUACCGCAUUCGCACAUCGAGUCUCACCCCAUGGUGUACAAUGCAGUGAAAUAGAUGACGAUGAUAUGUAUGGAGGGCCUUGUUUAUUUUGGGACUCGGACGAAGAAGAUGAAUAGUUUUCAACGGAACAUUUUGCGCCAGCCUCGCACCGGCAAUAGCCGGACAGUUAUAAUCACGAGUCACCUGAUUUGAUUUGACGCGUCUUCUGUAGUACUAGU